AUGGACAACCCAGUUUCUCCCUUGAUGACCUCGAGCUCAUUGCCCGUCGACUCGCGCUCCCCAUCUCAACCUCGCUCGCCGUGGUCAUCCCUGAUGUCCCCUACCCCGAACCGCGCUAGGUUCCCGGCCAUGGUGUUGGCGAACCUGAUACGUCAUAAACCCGGCCACAGCUCACCCGCGAACAACGCUUUGCCUUCCCCCUGCCUGCCAAAUCCAAGCAGCCCGUAUUCAACCACGCCAGGAGAAGAUCUGAAUAACUUUGUCUGGGAUGCAGGGUGUCCCUCUGAUUCACCUAGGAGGGCCCACCAUGAAGAAGAAUUGUACGAAAUUGCCCGGCUCUACCAACCAUCAGUCGGGAAGCGCACCCGUCCGACCCCUCAACCCAUCAUCACUCGGAGAGACCUUUUACCGUUAUCCACAGGAGUCCCCGAGGGCGCUCUAACUCCAACACUUUCUUCUGCCGGUGCCUUCAAGAGCUCCAUUCACAGACUCUUACGCAAGCGGACUGCUCUCCAUCUCAAAAACUCAUCCCAGUCCUCCUCGAGCACAACGAGUCCCUCGGAGACUUCGGCUGACGCAGAAGACCGGAUACAUCAAGAGCUGGAAGAAACCAGCGAUGACGAAUACCGAAGCAACAUUGGCUACUCACCUUUUAUGCAUGACGACCCGCAUCCCUCCAACGCACAGCCCUUCACUCCCUCCGUCCAGACCCACGCUGCCUUCGGAUCGCCUCUCUCUGCUCCCCGUACCCCUGCGCGCGCAAGAAGGAGUCCUCCUGAGGAAGAGCAGUUCAUUGGUAACCCGCUUCCCCCCCGCUCAAGCUCUAUCGCGCAAUGA